GGCUUCAGCUCACUGUGUGGGGCUGAUCCUCCUGAAACACUCCUACAUACUCAGGCUGGGCUUUGGAGUAUGCAGAACAUGCUGACAGUGAUAGCAAACGCACUUAAGGGUGGUGCCAAAAUAAAUGGUGCCCAAACAGUGUCAGAGGGCUCGAGAGUUGUGGUAUCAGCACGUUCUUUUGCUGACUUGACACCUCAAGCCAGCUUUGACAUCAAGAAAUGUGACCUUCAUCGCUUGGAUGAAGGCCCUUCGGUGCAGACGGUGCUCACCAGAGAGGAUGGACUCAGGUACUACCGCACUAUGCAGAUCAUGAGACGCAUGGAGCUAAAGGCAGAUCAGCUGUACAAGCAGAAGAUCAUACGAGGAUUCUGUCAUCUUUAUGAUGGCCAGGAGGCCUGUGCUGUAGGCAUUGAGGCUGGUAUCAAUCCCACGGAUCACCUGAUCACAGCAUAUAGGGGUCAUGGAUACACCUACACCAGAGGUGUGUCUGUGAAAGAGAUCAUGGCAGAGCUCACAGGUCGAAGGGGUGGUGUUUCCAAAGGCAAGGGUGGCUCUAUGCACAUGUAUGCCAAGAAUUUCUAUGGCGGGAAUGGUAUUGUUGGUGCCCAGGUUCCUCUUGGGGCAGGUGUGGCCCUGGCAUGCCAGUAUCAGGGUAAGAAUGAGGUUUGUGUCACUCUGUAUGGGGAUGGAGCUGCUAAUCAGGGCCAGAUCUUUGAGUCGUUUAACAUGGCAGCUUUGUGGAAACUCCCCUGUAUUUUCAUCUGUGAGAAUAAUAAAUAUGGCAUGGGGACAUCAGUGGAACGGGCCUCAGCCAGCACAGAUUAUUACAAGAGAGGAGACUACAUUCCUGGUCUGAGGGUGGAUGGUAUGGAUGUUCUCAGCGUGAGAGAGGCAACCAGGUUUGCGGCAGAUUAUUGCAGAUCUGGAAAGGGUCCCAUACUAAUGGAGCUCCAGACAUAUCGUUACCAUGGCCACAGCAUGAGCGAUCCUGGGGUCAGUUAUCGCACACGUGAGGAGAUUCAGGAAGUUCGCAGUAAGAGUGACACUAUCACUAUGCUGAAGGAUCGUAUGAUUAGUAACAACAUGGCUAGCCUGGAAGAGAUCAAGGACAUUGAUGCUGAGAUUCGUAAGGAGAUAGAAGAAGCAGCACAGUUUGCUACCUCUGAUCCAGAGCCCCCACUGGAGGAUUUGUGCAACCACAUCUUCUACAAUGAUGCACCUUUAGAGGUCAGAGGCACCAACCCUUGGAUGAAGCUGAAAUCCAUCAGCUAAAGAACCUGCUGAUAAUUCAGCACUUCAUUCCUCAUAGUACGGACGGGAGCUCUGUUCCUAAACCUAUACGCACAAAAAGAUGGAUGAAAUUGUUUAUCCAUAAAGUCAUAAUUACAUUCCAUAACCACUGUUAUUGCCUCUCUAAUUAGCAAUCAGUUUGGCAGACUAUUAAUAUAUUAGGAAACAUAGCAUAAUGUACAGCAAUAAAUAUUUAGAGCAAUACUGGAAAAAUAGAUUAUGAAUAAAUGAAUGGGCAUCAUCUUGUAAACGUGAAAUGUGAAAUCAAAGGUCUAUGAAUGAAAUGUAGGCCUAUUAAAAAUUAUUUGUAACAAUGAUACAAUUUUCAUGUCCUAUAGUAGUGUGGUGCUGUAAUUUCUUGAAUUAUGAGUUCAUUUGUCAUUUUAAUAUAAUAUCCCAAAGCCUACAUUUCUGUUAGUAGCCUACCAAAACUCUCACUAGCAUCUAAGCUUAUGCAAAUAUUAGUCAGCACAUUUGCCCUGUAACCUGUAUUCUGGAUUUCAGAACACUAAAAUGGAUGGAAUUAAUAAAUAUGUAAUAA